CUUUUUUUUCGUUCCCGCUUUGUUGUUAUUAUUGUUAGUCCUUUCUUUCUUUCCUUUCAUACCUUUUAAUUCCUUCUCAUUCCUUCCUUCCUUCCCUUCCCUCCCUCUCCCUUCCUCCAUCCCCUCUCCGCCUUUCCUUCCCUAUUCUUUCCUUAUUACUUUUCUGCUUUUCAUUACCUCUUCUAUUUCCAUUACUUUACUUUCAUUAAUAUAAAAAAAAUAUUCACAUGAGAACAAAGUAUGAGAUUGAGAUCUCUAUGUCUCAUGAUUUUAAUAAUAGUUUCAUUAUUGGUAGGCGAUAACGACUUUGUGAACGCACUCUUUUAUAAAAGAAUAAUACGCUCUCGAGCAAGAACGAGCUUACAGAAAAUUCACAGUUUAUCUCACGUGAUAAAACUUCAGUCCAGACAAGAUGUUAAUGUUUCUGCUAAAAUUGAUGUCAACUCAAAAGUUUCCGACACUACAAGUUCAAAAGAAUCACCAACUCCGACAUCAACGGAAACAGAUAAAACUACAAGUUCGACUGGCUCGAGCUCGAAAGCUACAGAUACGCCAGACACAACAAAUAAGUCAACGUCCACAGAUACGUCAAAAGCCACCACAGAUAAAUCAUCGUCUGCAGACACAUCGAAUACUUCAAAGUCCGCAGAUACUUCAACACCUACAGAUACAUCAAAAUCAUCGGAUACACCAGGACCAACAAAUUCAACACCCACAAAUCCAACACCCAAAGAUUCAACACCCACAGAUCCAACACCUACAGAUUCAACACCCACAAAUUCAACACCUACAAAUUCAACACCCACAGAAACGCCAUUACCAACAGAUAUAGAAAUUGGGAUACCAGGGAUACCAGGGGUACCAGGGGUACCAACAGAUGGAACAGCUACAAAUGAUAAUGUCACAAUUUUCGUCGAAAAACCAACUAUAAUAACUAUACCAACUACAACAAUUAGUAUACCAUCAGUAACGCCAAAAUUACCUCAAUUACCUACAUUAACUGUUCCAACCAAUAUAAAAUCUGUUCCUACACCAACACGCGUAGUCGUUCCUCCACCAAAACUACCCGCAGUUCCACAACCAUCAGAUGUACCAAUUAUACCACCCGAUGUACCAGAACCUGUUGUACCAGGAGCCAAAGAGCCUGCUGCGCCAGAGCCUGCUGCACCAGGAGCCAAAGAACCAGAUGCACCAGCAGGAGGAAAAGAACCAGUUGCACCAGGAGCUAAAGAACCAGAUGCACCAGCAGGAGGAAAAGAACCGGUUGCGCCAGGAGCUGCGCCAGGAGCUGCACCAGCAGGAGGAAACGAACCAGUUGCGCCAGGAGCUGCACCAGCAGGAGGAAAAGAACCCGCUGCACCAGAAGGUAAAGGACCCACUGCACAAGGAGGUAAAGAACCUGAUGGUGGUAAAGCACCUGAAAUUCCACCUGCUGGUGGUGUACCCGGAGGACCAGCACCCGCUCCAGGAGAAGUACCUGCACCAGGAAUACCGGGAGGACCACCUGCACCAGGAAUACCGGGGGGACCACCUGCACCAGGAAUACCGGGGGGACCACCUGCACCAGGAAUACCGGGGGGACCACCCGCACCAGGAAUACCGGGAGGACCGGGUGGUGCACCUGCACCAGGAAUACCAGGGGGCCCAGGAGGUCCAGGAGAAUCAGGAGAAUCUGGCAAACCAAGACCAACAGAUGGAACGGAUAGCUCAGAUAAGAAUGGCUCAAAAGAUUCGGGCAAAUAUGCUGAAAAUACAUAUACGGCAAAUAGUGAUGUAUUAGGACCAGCAAUUGGAGGUGCUGUAGUAGGUGUGGCAGCAAUUGGAAUGAUAGCAUUAAUAAUUGUGAGAAAGAAAACUAGGGUAUGUGCGACUAAAGGUAUUCCAUUGUCAGAUAGUGAUUCAAUGGAAUAUGGUCAUGCAUACGAUAGUUACCCUGUAACACCUCCAGGAGCUUAUAUACGACAACGAACAAGUAGAGGUUCAUCUGUUGCAUCAUCCUUAUCAUCAUCAUCAAUGAGAUUUAUUUCUAGCAUCAAAAAUUCUGUUUCUAAUAUACUUCCGAUACCACAUGAUUCUGCCAAUUUUACUGGUCAAAGCAAAUUUGUUGAACAGUUGCAAUUUUGAAAAUAACCUUUAUUUGUAAUUUAGUAAAUUAUUUGUUUAUUUAUAUUUAUAUUUUUUUUUUGUAUAUUAAUACAUUAUCACUACAUAAAAUUCAUACAAUUCCUAGAUAAAU